AUAUACGACAGCAUGAAAAGUCAGUUGUGGUGGAACUGGAAGAAAGCAUCGUGUGUAUUGCUCUGAUAACUUUCAUGUAUAGAUAUAUAUGUCUUGAUAUAUCUCGGAGAUAUGAAUAUGAAUUUGUGACGCCUUCAUAUACCUGAGGAAGAGGGUUUUCAAUUUUUAAAGUACGAAAUUGGAUACCUUAUAGUAUACUUAUAGCUGAGAGUGAAGUGGAUACGUGCGUUGAACAAAGAAUCUAUUCAGAUUAAAGGAAUUAUGGCUAACGACAUCAUCCUCCGUGCUCGACCACGUCGAAGUGAGAACUUCAACAACGCCGGCGCAUGCUCAAUUGGUAUGCUUCAGCUACUAGGAGCUCUCUCUACCAUCGCACUUGGUGUGGGUGCUUACGUCAUCGAGGGGUCUCUCAUCUACUAUGGUGUACCCAUUUGGUCUGGAAGUUUGUUCUUCCUAACAGCCGUCACAGCAUUUGUAUCCGUCCGGAAAACUAUUUGUGGGAUAACCACAUUCCUUGUAAUGUGCAUGUUAUCAACGGCUGUUGCUGCUGCUCUACUGAUCUUAUAUGCCCGCCUCAUCACUCUGGAUGGAAGAUAUACAUACUGCGAUAUAAGAGACUCCAAAACGUUACUAUGUACUCGUUACGCUUCACGGCCAACUCUAAUGAUAGUAGAUGCUGUCACCUUGGGCAUUUUUGCGAUCCAGUUCCUCACCGGAGCCAUUGGGAUGGGGCUCUGUCUCUGUGGGCUGUGCAGAAGAACCCUGGGGCGAACCUCCUCUAUCCCGCCCCCUCAGCCAAGGGCAGCUGUUAACACCCAUGGGCCUCCUGUCAAUGCCACAAAUGCCGCACCUAUGCAGAUGCAGAGGUAUCCCAAUGAAAUCCCCGCCGCCAUCCCGACUGCACCACCGGAGUAUGUUGUAGCAGAAGAAGAACUCAGGGGUUCUGCACCACCGGAAUAUCUGGUAUCAGAGGAACACAUUGGAGUUUGAUGAAGCUGGAUGACUACUUAUCUCACAGCAACCUUUGGACUCGAGACAUUAAAUUGAGAGUGCUGAACCCAUUACCAUGCUUUCUACCAACUCAGCUGGAGUAUGAACUGAAACAAAAAACAUUCUUGCCCCAUUAUGUAUAUAAUGUAUACAAGGUGUCUCAGAAAACAUGGAAGAGUGGAUUUUAAGUACUUUGUCUUUUCAUGUUGAAACACAUCAACAGGUAUCCCGUAACAAUGUACAUCAAUGAAGGGCCAUUCCUAACACAGUUCUUUUCUCAUCUGUUGCUUGAUUUUGUCAAGAUUUUUCAAGCCUGAAUAAUGAGAAACGGACAUAGAAGGAAAAUAUACUUCACCAGAUUUGAUGAUCCUGUUAGCAUUAUUUUUUUUUGAAGAUAUCAAAAUUUUGAAGGCAAAGUACAUAAAACCCAAUUUUCUCCUCUUUUCAAGAACACCCGUUAUAUACACAUUGAAAGAUCUCAGUACUAACCUGAAUUUUAAACUUUUUUAAAGCACAUUCACCAUGUAUUCUUGUUUUAGAUUUUGUAAUACUAAUGUUAAGUACUGACUUUUUUUAUGGUUGCACAGUACACUGUUUUGUACAUAAUUUUUUUAUAAAAAUAUGUUUUAACUUUAUAUUAUUUGUUUUAUGUGUCAAAGAAAAGAGAUACAUGUAUUUCAUGAAAGUUUGAAGUUAAAAGCCUUACUGUUCCUGAAAAAAGAUUGCAUUACAAUAUGGUCAAUGACACAUAAAUGUAUUCUGUAUUAUGAAGUAUUUCUCUGGAAUUUCAUGCCAUAGUUUACAUACAGAUGUUUGUAAGCUCUGUAUUUAUCAGUGUGCCAAAAAAUUGGCUAUUAAAGGAAAUGUAUGAUACAGGUGCUAAAUUAUGUAUGCCGUAUUGAAGAAGAUUUCAACCAACACGUAGGUUGGUUUAUGAUGAACCAAGAUUUUGAUCAAGAGCAGUGCAGUUUUGCAUUGACCGGUAACUAACAUAGAUUGUCACGCCAUAUGAAUGAAGAAGUGAACUAUCAUCAUAUCUAUUUAUGUCUGACAAUGAUUGGAAUCGGCUUCCUUCCAUGUCCGUUUCAAAUGCAUCCUUUCAUGGACUUGUUCACAUACAACAUUUUCAACUACAUCUAAAUCUGAUUCAAUGGUUUAUUUUUCAAACAUAUUGGCCCGAUUUCACAAAGAUGGUUUUUAAAACCCCCGGUUAAAACUAUCGGUUGAACCCAUGGUUUAUGCAGAUUUCCUGUAUAAAUUACGCGUAUUUAAUGCAUAUAUUUAAAAAAUGUCCUAUGCUGGUGCGUGCUUUUGUCACAGUGCGCCAAAUUGACGCCUGUUGCCUUGGUUAGCCACGCUACUUUCUUCACGAGUCCACUGUUUUGAAUUAAUGAGUCCACUCUUCAAACAGUGGACUCAUGAAUAAAAUAGCACACUUAGCCAUGGCAACAGGUGUCAAUUUGGCACACUGUGACAAAAGCACACACCAGCAUUGGACAUUUUUUCAAUAUACACGGUAAAUAAGUGUAAUUUAUACAGGAAAUCUGCAUAAACCAUGGGUUCAACCGAUGGUUUUAAAAACCACCUUUGUGGAUUCGGGCCAUUAAAAUGACUAGAGACACUGCACAUCACAGCAAUAUCUUCUUUUAUCCAUAUGCUCCUGCUGAAAUUAAAUAUCAAGUCCAGGUUUGGUAAAACCUCACAAAGGAUUUUAAACAUUUUUUUGUUAAACAAUCUUCAACCAGGUGCAAAACAAAGGAAAAACUUUAAGAUUCUUUUUUUUUUUUUUCACAUCUAAACGAAUAGCAAGCAAAAGAGAGCCAAAAAUAUGCUACAUCUAUAAUGCAUUCUGGUUACUGAACAAACUUGGUUUGCCUUCACAUAUAAAACAAAACCCUAAACCUCAUGAAUUGCUAAAUUUUGUCAGAAAACCAGAGUCAUCAUCGCUAGCGGAGGUCAAAGAACAAAUUAUAAAUGGCUUUGAUAUUUUACUUAGAAAGAGACUGAAAUUCACCUGAAAACAUGAUUAAAUAUCAAAUGAUAUUGCAAUGUUGGUUUUUCAAGGUGGAUGAUUUGACUUUAAAUAUGCAGGCAGAAGAUAAUAUUUUUUUUGCUGCUGAUAAAGAUAGCUUUCAUGUCAGUACAGUACAGUCAAGAACUUUCCAGAUCCUAAUGACCUUUGAUUAUGGCCUAAGCCCCAAUUCUAGUAAAUGCAACAGUAUGGUCUGCAUAGAGCUGGAACAUCUAUUAAAUGUUUGAACUUCUACAACUAGACAUGUGUAUUUAAACAGAAUUAUUUUAAAUAUCGAUGAAGCUAUGUAGAAUGUGAGCAUGGCCUUAGGGAUAUCCUGAAGACAAUUUCCUGCAACAUGGUGACCAGACCGAUUUCGAGGUAUUUAUAUUUAAAUGCAAAAACAUAACAAAACAACCAUAUUAAUGUAAAUGUAUCUGUGCUUUGUACAUAUUUAUGUUAAGUAUGCUAUAUGUAUUUAUAUAACCAAUCGUGUGCUUUUAUAUAUUUUUUUAAAACCCAACAUGUGCAUAUAGUAAGCUGUAGUAAUGUGUGAACAUAUACAAUCAUUUGUGUGCUAUUUAUUAUGAAGUAUUUGCACAUUUAUUGUGUAAAGUGACAAUAUUCAUGUAUGUAAUAACCAUUGUGUGCUAUUUGUCAACUGUUGGUAUCAUUAAUAGUUUAUUUACCAUGUAAGUACCAAAAUGAAUCAGUGAUAUUGUUUAUGAUUAUAAAUAAUUAUCUGUGGAUGUGGAAGAAGCCAGUGUAAUGAGUAAAGUGUGAAGGCAGAGAUUAAUCCCAGUAGUGUAAUUCUCACUCUUCCUACCAUGAAAUUUAGUUUACAAAUUACAAAAAAAUCAAAACAUUUUGAAUUAUUACAGUGAUGCAUAUAUAUAAACAAUCUUUCCAUGUAACUAUCGUGUUCAACUUGUGAAUUCUGAAUGAAUUGAGGUGGAAGGGGAAGGAGUAGAUGACAUCAUUAGAUAUCAAAAUACAUGAAUGCCAGUCUCACUGGCAACUUAACAUGCAUUACGCAAGUAAUGGAUCAGUGCACAAACAGUUUGGAAUGAAGGCUGCUCUCUCCUAUUGAACAUUAUUUUUACAGUACUUAGAAUUGUUUAAGAAAAGAAACACAGGAACUGGCUACUAUUGAAAUACUGGUUAUAGUAUGCAUAAUGGGGCGUUGUGGUCUAGUGGUUAAGACUCAUGUCUUUCAAUCUGAAGGGCGUGGGUUCGAUUUCAAGCCAUGGCACGUUUUCCUUCUGCAAAAAAUUUACCUACCUUGUGCUGCACUCAACCCAGGUGAUGUAAAUGGGUCCUGACAGGAAGUAAUUCCUCAAAAAGCUUUGAGUACCAGAAUACGUAGACUAGCUUAGGCAAGGUAAUAUAUAGGAGCAACUUGAGCACCUAACAUUGUGGAUAUGUAGUUUGCAGGCACAGACCCAGAUUGAAACUUUGAUCAGCAAGUGAGUCUCCACGCAAAGACUAGAACAUACAAAAUUUGCUGUAGGCUGCACAUUCAGACCCUAAACUCGAGUGAAGGGUUUGCACAGCAGACUAGUGGAUGUGUGUGCUAUUAUACAAAUCCAAUAUAAUUAUUAUAUAUUAUGAACUAGAUAAUCAGAACUUACAUGGAAAUAUUGAAUAUACGUCUUGUGAAAGUAUUAAACCAUUGUUGGAGGUGAAGAUAACUUG